UAUUCAGCCUUCCCACUCUGUAAAUAAACACUUGAUAAUAAGCGGUGUCAUCUGUCAAUAAUGUUAUCGUCACAGGCAAGGCAACGCCCACUUUUAAGCUCCGCCCCUCAAUUUUCAGCCGCGCCCAUAGUUUUUCACAGCGGCCAAUCAUUGAGACGAUAUAACAGGAGGUGCGGCUUAAUGAACUGAUCAGACCAAUCAGAGCCCUGCGAUGGAACGGAAUCGUAAAUUGUUGCAGUAAACAGAGAUUUGGGCGACCUACUGUGUAAUAAAUAGCUGUGUAUGCAUUCGUAUAGACCAGCGUAGCCCAACCAACCUCUAAGCUAUUCAACAACAUUUGAAAACCAGCUGGGUUCACAUUUAAGCGAAGCAGCUUUAUCUUGGAAAGUUUAAAGAAUCGUGCUGGUUUAGCAGCGGGGCCACAGCGUUGAAAUAGUAUUGUAGUAUUUCUACAAGAGACGAUCGACAACAGAAAAAAAAACCUCCAUGUGCAUCUCUGUAUCGACAGCCGACUAGAUGACAGACUAAGUGUGACUUUGGAUAUUCAUUCUUUGUGACAACUUUUCUUUUCUGUGUUUGUGAGUUAUCCUGGACACAAUGUUGACCCAAUACGUCGAUACAUCUCCCACUCAUCAUCUACCCCCGGGAGCCUUAAAGCUGAGCCCCCCUCACCACGGAGUCGAGAACAGCCUUCAACAUCAGGUAUCACAGCCCCCGGGAUACGGGUUACCCCAGUCUCACGUCAACAGUUACGCUGCACGGGAUUUUCUUCUGCGGAGACCAGACAUUGGACUGUCCGAGUCCAGCACCGCAGGGCAUCCGGGUAUGUUUGUUCCGUCCUCUGGAAGUUUCCACUCCGCUCAUCAUCCGGAUUCGGGUUCGAAUCACGUACUGUUUCCAGGUCUCCAUGAUGCUGCGGCACAUCACAACCCCGGUCACCAUGUCAACAGCGGCAUGCGUUUUGGGGCAACAGACAUGUACUCACGUGCGGACCAGUUUAAUCACAUGACAGGACCACGCGCGGACCAUUUUGGGACCACACAACCUUUCAACGUGAAUCCCAUGGGCGCCAUGAACCACAUGGGCCCUCACGGCCCCGGAGCAUUCUUCAGGUAUAUGAGACCCCAAAUCAAGCAAGAACACACAUGCCUAUGGCAAGAUCCCGAGGGACCGGACCCGAAAAAGCCCUGCAACAAGAUCUUCUGUACGAUGCACGAGAUUGUUACACACAUCACCAUCGACCACGUUGGGGGACCAGAACAAUCAAACCACAGUUGUUUUUGGCAGGAGUGUGCACGUGAGGGCAAGCCCUUUAAGGCGAAGUACAAACUAGUAAACCAUAUCCGUGUCCACACUGGAGAGAAACCGUUUCCCUGUCCAUUCCCGGGAUGUGGUAAAGUGUUCGCCCGCAGUGAGAACCUCAAGAUCCACAAGAGGACCCAUACAGGUGAGAAGCCAUUCAAGUGCGAGUUUCUCGGAUGUGACCGGAGAUUCGCGAACAGUUCCGACCGGAAGAAACACAGUCACGUGCACACGAGUGAUAAGCCCUACUUUUGUCGCGUGAGAGGAUGUGACAAGAGCUACACGCACCCAAGUUCUCUUCGAAAACACCUCAAAGUACACGGGAAGUCGUCGCCACUUCCGGAAGAAUUCGAAAGUGACCUCGAAGACACAAGCUUGGAUAGUGCCGGAAGUGAGUUGGAAAACACCGUCCCGACAACAACAAAAUUCAUCAAAUCCGAACAACGAUCACCUGUUACCUCUCCCGAACUCUCCGACACUCGUUCUACCGGAAGUGUACAUCAGCAUCAUCAAAUGUCACCUGUAGUGUCUAGUCCGUCACUUCCGGUUUACCCGAACGCGAGCCUACCUCAUUCUCAUCACUCGUCGAGUUUCAGUGACUGGUAUAUUUGUCAGAACAGUGCAGCCCCCACUACGGACCAUUUAAACAUGAACUCAUUCGGACAUUUGCAAUCGCUUCAUCCACAGCCCCUUUUGCAGUACACGUGACAUGUCACACGACUUUCAUUUCCGGUUUGAACAAAAAAAAAGCAUGACAUUUUAACUUUGAUACAAAUGUGAACUACGUGCAAGUGAUUGAUAUUACUAAUAUAUUGUUGUUAUGGCCUUGAUGAAAAACUAGUGAUUUCAAUGGCGGUGUUGGUUGUGUGCUUUAAACAAUUACAAAUAUUUCCAGGAUUUGAAAGAUUAAUUUCCAUAUUUUCUCUAAAUAAAAGGGCACCACGUGCCACUAGCCUGAUGAUACAAUACUUGAUGAUAUAAUCUUAAAUAUUUCAAUCGAUCAAAUAUAUGUAAUAGGCAAUCUUGGGAUCUGAAAUAUCACAUUUAGUUAAUAAACACCAAAAAUUUGUUUGAAGAUAUUUAAUAACAAAUAACUUUAAGAUUUGAAUUGAUGUAUCAUAAUGGUAAAUGUUCUAAACGAUACGACCUUGUCUGUUAUUCUGUUAGUGUUAACGCCGCGAACAUGUUGAAUUAGUGCAAUGUUGUUUUUAUACAUGUAUGAUGGUUUUUGCUCAACUAUUUUAUUUUGUUUUGAUGUUUACUGUACAAUGCCAGUGAUCAUAUAUUGAAUCUCGUUAGAUUAAACAUAUAUGGAUACUAAUUUACAUGUGCCCAUAUUGGGAUAUCAAUUUAUGACAUAUGCCCAUAUAUGGAUAAUUAUAACGUAUUAUCAUAUAUGGAUAUCAUUAUGACAUAUGCUCAUAUAUGGAUAUCAUUAUGACAUAUGCCCAUAUAUGGAUAUCAUUAUGACAUGCCCAUAUAUGAUUUUUUUAUAACGACACAUGCCUAUGUAUGUGUAUUUAUUAUGACGUCUGCCCAUAUGAGGGUUCUUGCCUUUUAAAAUGACUCCGAUGGUUUAAUACAUACUAUUUAAAUAUA